GUCGCCAAGCAGCAGCUGGCGCCGGCCGGCCAGCCGCUGCCGUUCUACAUGAAGGUGCUGAUCGCGGCCAGCGGCGGAGCUUGCGGCGGCUUCAUCGGCACGCCGGCCGACAUGGUUAACGUCCGCAUGCAGAACGACAUCAAGCUGGCUCCGGAGAAGCGUCGCAACUACAAGCACGCGGUGGACGGUCUGUACCGGGUGUUGCGCGAGGAGGGCGUGCGGCGCCUGUUUUCGGGCGCUUCCUCGGCCACCAUGAGGGCCGUCCUGAUGACCGUCGGCCAGCUGAGCUUCUACGACCAGGUGAAGCAGACGCUGCUGGGCACGGGCCUGUUCCAGGACAACGUCACCACCCACUUCACCUCCAGCUUGACCGCGGGCGCUAUCGCCACCACCAUGACUCAGCCGAUGGACGUCAUCAAGACGCGCACCAUGAACGCUAAGCCCGGCGAGUUCAGGGGCAUGUGGCACAUCAUCACGCACACCGCCAAACUGGGACCGCUGGGCUUCUUCAAGGGCUACGUGCCGGCCUUCGUGCGCUUGGGGCCGCAGACCAUCCUGACGUUCAUGUUCCUGGAACAACUCCGGCAAAAUUUCGGCACGCUGCCGGCUCCCAAAUAGUGCUGCCAUCCAGGGGCGGCGAGGCGCACUCAGAGUCCGAGCUUGGCCGGUAGAUGGUGGGCAGAAUCAUGGUGCAAUAUCGGCUGAUGAUCACGUUACGCGGAACUGCAAAUCGGGCUUGGCCAGUGCUGGUGCAUAUGGUGCGUCGGCGCUUUGUCUCUGUGUGUGUGUGCAUGCACGAAGGAUUAGGAGAGGUAUUUGACUACUAGCGCUGAGGGCAUAGAUUUGAGAACUUUCACGUUUGUGGGGCUUAGCCCUUCACUGCGAAUUUGCGGUCAUUCAGCGGAUGUUCCGUGGCACGUGGUGCCGUUCUGUGGCGAUGCCUCCCGUCUCCAGCCAUUCUCCUCAGGAAUUCGAUUUUUGACCAUCAGCAUUUACCGGUUACGUGCUGCCGCUGUCCGCAAGCGUGCACUUGCCGCAGAGAGCGGCAUUUGACACACAAUACUGGCUCAUGAAUCUUGAUACUCGCGGGCCAGUGGGUUAUACAGGUUUUAGAUGCGUCUUCGAGUUUAUGUCCAAUGAGUGCUAGCUAUGACUGAUGUCUGCAUGGUGACCGGGUGUCAGACGAGGGCUGCCGAAUGCGCCGCUGUCUCGGAAUCAAAAUGUUCGACAGCCACGGAAUCGCAUGCGUCGCUUCCAGUGAUGAGGACACGCGUGUCCCGCCUAUGACGGCGCUGCAAUAAAACUCGCCUGGCAGCAGGA